UUAUUUCGAGUUUUUUUAUCAUGUCAUCAUCUUGUUCCUGAUGAUUUGCGUCGUGCUUUAUCUGAAGGCUCGGGCGCCGCGGCUCAGAAGUCGAAGACGUCCUUUAAACUGGGUCCGUGCGUCCUGAGAGACUGUCCGGACGAUCAAUUCAGCUUCUUCGUCCAGAGCGGAGCCGCUAACGUGGUCGCUCCCAAGAUCUGUCUCCAGAACAAACUGGUCCUUGGAUCGGCCUUGAAUAACGCUGGACCUGGAAUAAACGUGGUAAUAAUAAACGGUAAAACGGGAGACGUCGUGAAGACGGGUCACUUCGACAUGUACAGCGGCGAUGUGAAACCUCUGGUGGAGCUUCUGCAGAGCGUGGAGUCUGGAUCCGUGGUGCUGAUGGCGUCCUACGACGAGCCGUCAUCAAAGUAAACGCCGCUCCUCCUCUCUUUCAUUCAGGAAUCGAGUCACCGAAUGUCAGCAUGCAAUUUCAAAAUGCUUUUUAAAUUUUUUUGUGUGAUUUUGGUGAUUUUGGUUUGGAAUAUCACAAACAUUUUGCC